AUGGUUAAGGAAACCAAGUUCUACGAUACCCUGGGUGUCUCUCCCACGGCUACCGAGGCUCAGCUCAAGACUGCCUACAAGAAGGGUGCUCUCCGAUUCCACCCUGACAAGAACGCCGACAACCCCGAGGCCGCAGAGAAGUUCAAGGAACUUUCGCACGCCUACGAGUGCCUCUCCGAUCCCGAGAAGCGUCAACUGUAUGACCAGCUCGGUGAGGAAGGCCUGGAGCAUGGCGGCGGCGGUGGUGGCAUGAACGCCGAGGACUUGUUCUCUCAAUUCUUCGGCGGCGGCGGCGGCGGUCCCUUCGGUGGAAUGUUCGGUGGUGGCAUGCGUGACACUGGCCCAAAGAAGGCCCGCACAAUCCACCACGUGCACAAGGUCAACCUUGAGGACAUCUACAAGGGCAAGGUGUCCAAGCUGGCACUCCAGAAGUCUGUUAUCUGCGGUGGCUGUGAUGGCCGCGGUGGUAAGGAGGGUGCCGUCAAGGAGUGCGCGGGCUGCAACGGUAGCGGUAUGAAGACCAUGAUGCGCCAGAUGGGUCCCAUGAUCCAGCGCUUCCAGACCGUCUGCCCUGACUGCAACGGUGAGGGUGAGACCGUCCGUGAUAAGGACCGCUGCAAGAAGUGUAACGCCAAGAAGACCGUUGUGGAGCGUAAGGUGCUCCACGUUCACGUCGACAAGGGUGUGCGCGAUGGCCACAAGAUCGAGUUCCGCGGUGAGGGUGACCAGAUGCCCGGCGCUCUCCCCGGUGAUGUCGUGUUCGAGAUUGAGCAGAAGCCCCACCCCCGCUUCCAGCGCAAGAACGACGACCUCUUCUACCAGGCCGAAAUUGACCUGCUCACCGCUCUUGCUGGCGGUGCUAUCCACAUCGAGCACCUUGACGACCGGUGGAUGACCGUUAACAUUGCCCCUGGCGAGGUUAUCGUUCCUGACGCCAUCAAGGUCAUUCACGGCCAGGGUAUGCCCUCAUUCCGUCACCACGACCACGGCAACCUCUAUAUCAAGUUCGACGUCAAGUUCCCCGAGAAGGAUCAACUCCAGAACCUGGAGCUUCUCGAGAAGGUUCUUCCUCCCCGCGUUGAUCAGCACACUCCCCCCACCGACGCCAUGGUCGAGGACUUCGAGCUUGAGGACCCCGAGAACGAGACCGACCAGGCCCGCGCCCACGGCGCCGCCGCGGCCGGCAUGGAUGAUGAUGAUGACGAUGUGCCAGCUGGUGCUGAGCGUGUGCAAUGUGCCUCGCAGUAA